ACAUUUUAAUUGCAAUCUAAGAGGAACUGAGAGAGUAUUAUUUAUUACCCUUUCUUUUUCAUCUCUAGUUCUCUCCAUCUAACUUCACAUCUCCGGCCGAUCAACUUGGGUUAGUUUUGUUGAAUUGAGGAUGGGGAGAGGAAAGAUUGAAAUAAAAAGGAUAGAAAAUACAACAAACAGGCAAGUUACAUACACUAAGAGAAAGAAUGGGAUCAUCAAAAAAGCUAAGGAAAUUUCUGUUCUUUGUGAUGCCAAAGUUUCCGUUGUUAUCUUUGCUAACAAUGGAAAAAUGCAUGGUUAUCAUACCUCUUCUUCUUCGGUGCCAGAUAUUUUGGAACAAUAUCAGACUAUUUCUGGAAAGAGGAUAUGGGAUGCUAAGCAUGAGAAUCUAAAGAACGAGAUCGACAGAAUCAAGAAAGAAAAUGAUGAUAUGAGGAUUGAACUCAGGCAUUUGAAAGGCGAAGAUGUAGGGUCUUUGCCACAUCCCGAUCUUAUGAGGCUGGAGGACGCACUAGAAACUGGCUUGGUUAGCGUACGUAAUAAGAAGAAAGAAAUUCGGGACAUGUAUGAAAGAAAUACUAUGAAGCUAGAGGAGGAAAACAAUCGACUCAAUUUCAUAUUGCACAAGCAAGAAAUGAAAGAGUAUCCUUAUGAGCAUCAAUCUCUGAAUUACCGAGUUCAACCUAUGCAACCAAAUCUUCAAGAUCAUCACAUCAUGUAAUUUUAUUGUUAUUUCAACUUAUUAUGUUUGUCUGAUUUGAAUAUGUUUAAUGUUUAAUGUUUGUGUUUGUUAUUUAAGAGAGCAUCACAUCAAUCUGAGGAACUCUUUGGUCACGUUCUGAUUUGAUCAUAACUCUUAUGAGCGGGAUACAUAGUGUAUGAUGAUGAUAUGUUUAUUUGAACUAAGCAAUUAUGUAUUUGUUAUUCCUAUCAAGCUAUUACUUCUAUUAUUCUCUAUGUUAUUAUUAUGUUUAAAUGUGAGAGAACGUCUCUAGGUGAGAGUAUCACAAACGUAGAGCUCAUAUUCUCAUAAUUUUUAUUAGAUAGAUUGUU